AUGAAAGGAAAUAACCAGAAUUACACUUCAAUUCCAAGUCAAAAACCAGCUAAAUCUCCUAUUUUGGAAAUUUUAGCCCAAUCUCGUUGUGAAUCAGAUCGGCAUGUUAGUAUUGAUGAUGAUUCUAUGGAGAAUAUUGAUUCUUAUUGGCUUAUGGCUACUAAAGAGUUAAAGAAGAUGGAGUUGGCCGAUUAUGAAGAUAUCUCACUUGAGCAGAUAAGAGUGGGUUUAGGUGUAGAUGGUGUAGAUGGUGUAUGUGGUGUAGGUAGUGUAGAUAGUAGAGAUCGUAGAGGGGGUGUAGAUAGUAGAGGGGGUGUAGAGAUAAGAAAUAGUGAGAUAGUAAAUAAUGAAGAUAGUGUGGAUAGUGAAGAGAUAAGAAAUAGUGAGAUAGGAAAUAGUGAGAUAGGAAAUAAUGAAGAUAGUGUAGAGAGUGAGAUAGGAAGGAAGUCUUUGGGUAGUAAAAUAAGUGGGGAAAUAAGUCAGGAGAUGAUUAAUGCCAAGAUUUUUGCUACAACUACCUUAAAAGGAAAGAAAAAGAUAGAUUUAAAGAAAAGAGAAGAGAUAGGGAGAGAAUCAAAAGAAAUACUUAGGAAAAGUUUUGAUGCUGAUUUUGAUAAAAAGUUAGAUAAUGCGACACUUUAUGGAUUUUCUGAUUCUUCAUCUAAUUCUUUAUCUAACUCUUUAUCUAACUCUUUAUCUGAAUCAAGAGAAGGGAAGAAAGGAAGAUUAGGCUUGGGUCGAGUAAAUCUGAAGAGUAAACAAGAGAUGGAUAGUCAGAAUAGUAGGCAAGUUAAGACUGGAAGAAAAUCAAGUGGGAUUUCAGCUGAAAUUAAGGAAGUUUUACUGCAGAAAAGAGGACGGAAUAGUCAAAACAGAGAUAAGGAAGUUAGUGAGCCAAGUGAAUCUGAGACUGAAUUAAGUCAGAAUGCACCCAAAAGGAAAAGAAUGGCUGCUCUUAAACGAACAGAAGGUGAAAUACUAAAGAAGAUAGAUGUAAGUGAAAAAAUCAAAACAAAAGAUAAGGUAAAAGAUAAGGUGAAAGAUAAGAUAGGGGAGAACAAAGUAAAGAUUGUAGAGAAGGAAGUACCACGAGGUAGAGGACGACCGAGUAAGGAAGGUUUGAAAAAAUCGGCUGAGUUAGUUGUGAGUAGUGCUAAGAAAGAAGUGAAAGAGAAAAGAGAGAAAAGAGAAGAUAGUGGAAUUAGUUGUAUAUCACAAACUAAGGAUAUGGAUAAUGGUGUGUUUUUGUCUGAUUUACCGGGUUACUUGGGAAAGAUUACUAUUUUGUCUCGGAAGAGAAUAAGAUUGCCGAGGGGUCGGAUGUACUAUAUUUUGAAAGGAUCUUUAUUGGUAGAAGGUAUUGUUGAUCAAUCACUGGUAGAUCAGGAAUACAUGUAUCGUAAUAAUGAAUAUGUAGGGAAGGUUUUGAAAGCAAGUGCAGUCUUAUUCCGAGAUAGUUCGAUUACUGUAUACAAUCCUGGGAUGUAUGAAACCGUUGUGUUAUUCUUUGGCAGCUCAGAACACUCUACUUGA